AUGCUUGCUAAGUUUGUCUUUUUUGCACUGCUGCUAUUUGCGGUUGGUGACGAGCCUGACGACGACAAGCUACUCGCCAGAGCCCACAACCAAUUCGCCGUCAAGCUGCUCAAGCAGCUUGCUCUUCAAGAUCCUUCGUCGAACAUCGUAUUUUCUCCGACUAGCAUCGCUUCUGCGUUCGGUAUGGCCUAUGCCGGGGCCAGAGGAAGCUCGGAGGCUGAGCUUGGAUCGGUGCUUGGCCACACCACAGUCGGCCUCAUGGACCGGGCCAGAGUUCUCGCGACCUACAAGAACUUGCUGCAACUAGCGAAAUCGCCGAACGUGACGCUGGACCAGGCCAACCUCGUCCUCAUACAGAAGGACUUUUCCAUACUUGAAAGCUACCUGAAGAAGCUACGUUCUGUCUUUGGAGCGGAGCUUAGGUCCGCUGACUUUGCCGACCCCAUUUCCGGAUCCGCAGCGGAAGUGAAUGCCUGGGUGCGCGAGAAAACUCGUGGCAAAAUUUCCGGUAUCUUGAACGAACGUCAGCCCCUGUACAUCGUCCUCUUCAUCCUGAAUGCGGUCUAUUUCAAGGGCACCUGGGUGACCAAGUUCGAUGCCGCCGACACCAUGAACCAACCCUUCUUCAACAUGGGCACCUCGGAGGUGAGCAGGCCAGCGAUGUACCUCGCAACGCGUCUCCCGCACACUACAAUCGACGGCCUGAAUGCGUCCGCUGUGGAAAUUCCUUACAAUGGAGGCAAGUUUGGAAUGGUGGUCCUGCUGCCCGAUAACCCUACUGGGCUUCAAGCGGUCAGAGACGGUCUGUCAGCCGCUGUAAUUGAAGCUCUCAGUGACAGUAUGUACAGCCAAAACGUUGUACUAAGGCUUCCUAAGUUCGAGAUGAGCCAGCGCUACGACUUGGUGCCCGCAAUGAAGGCACUCGGGCUACACGUGGUGUUCGAACGCUCAGCCGACUUCGGCAGAAUCGUCGAUGGUGAACGCGUCCACAUUUCCGAUGCCGUUCACGAAGCAGCCAUUGAGGUUAACGAGGAGGGAACUGUUGCAGCUGCCGUCACUGGCUUGUUCGUCAGGCCGACCGCACCUCUACACGAACCGCCUCCCCCAAUUUUGUUCACCGUUGAUCACCCUUUCUUGUACUAUAUCAUGGAGAAGGAUAACAGCCGCAUUCUUUUUGUCGGCGAAGUCCACAGUCUUUAAGUUGAAAUGUCUUAAAUGAUUUUACUUCAAACACAUAUUUAAAUGCGGAAGGUGCCUCUGAAAUAAAUUCUGUA